AUGGAGGUCAAUCCAAAUGGGAUGGAAUAUUCAGACAGAAAUGAGAAAACAUCUCAAACCAAAUGCUGCUCUCCAAACCUGAAGAUCUUUAUUGGUGCACUUGCCUUCUGUUACUUCUCUAAAACCUUGACGGUGUCUUACACCAAAAGCGCCAUCACUCAGAUUGAGAGGCGGUUUGAGAUCCCGAGCUCCACCGUUGGUAUCAUCGACGGCAGCUUUGAAAUGGGUAAUAUGCUGGUCAUUACCCUAGUGAGCUACAUUGGUGCAAAGUUUCACAGGCCGAAGAUCAUUGGAGCAGGGGUUCUGCUGAUGGGUAUAGGAACACUGUUAAUGGCUUCACCUCAUUUCAUUAUGGACCGGUACAAGUAUGAUACAGCUGCCACCCAUACUAAUGAUGCUGAUAAUUUCACAGUGAUCUCUACAUGCUCAUCCGACUCUCAGGAAACUCUUCAACAGCCUUUCUCUGGAUGCCAAACAGAGGAAGCUGAAAGCUCACCCUUGUGGGUGAUCGUGUUUUUGGGAAACAGUAUGCGUGGGAUUGGGGAAGCCAGCAUUGUCCCUCUGGGAAUGUCAUUCAUAGAUGAUUACGCACGGCCAGAAAACUCUGCUUUUUACAUUGGUUGUCUGAACACAGUCAAAGGGAUUGGGCCAUUUUUUGGUUUCAUGCUUGGAUCUCUAUGUGCUAAUCUUUAUGUGGACAUUGGCCUCGUGAAUAAAGAAAGCGUAACCAUCACACCACAGGACUCUCGCUGGGUUGGGGCUUGGUGGUUGGGUUAUGUGGUGUCUGGCCUGUUGACUCUCCUUGCUGCUUUUCCUUUCUGGUUUUUGCCAAAAGUUCUACCUGAAAACUCCCAAAUCUCACUGCUAAACAACACCCCACAACAACACAAAACCCCACCCAGCCUUACAGAGAUAGUCAAAGAUUUUGCCCCAACUUUUAAGCGUCUGCUUACCAAUAAGAUCUACAUCCUGUACCUGAUGUACAGUAUAGUGGCAUACAAUGACUUUGUCAUAGUUGUAACAUACACGCCAAAAUAUCUGGAACAGCAGUUUGGACAAAGUGCAUCCAAAACCAACUUUCUGAUAGGAGUGACAUGUGUUCCAGCAAUGGCUCUGGGUAUUUUCCUGAGUGGGUUGAUGAUGAAAAGGUUUAAAUGGGGUCUGCUGGCAUCUGCGAGAAUGAAUUUGUUCACCAAUGUCGCCAUAAUGCUUUUAAGUAUACCUUUCUUCACUCUCAGCUGUGAAAAUCUAGAUAUUGCUGGGGUGACAGUGCCUUAUCAAGGAUCUACAGAAGUUCAGGAUAUUAUAAGUGAUGUACCCCCUUCUUGCAAUGCUGACUGUGGAUGUCCAGACCUCCUCUGGGAUCCAGUGUGUGGAGAGAAUGGAGUGACCUACAUCUCACCUUGCCAUGCAGGCUGCAAUUCCACCCAGGGUGCAGGACGGAAUAUGACAUUCCAUGACUGCAGCUGUAUUCAGAGCUGGGGACUGAGCAUUGGCAACUCCUCUGCAGUUCUUGGACAGUGUUCACAAGAUCCAAACUGCAACAGAAUGAUCUACAUUUAUCUGGGAUUGCUAUCUUUGUCCUUCUUUGUGUACAGUCUUGGCACUGUUCCUUUUCUCACCAUGUCUCUGAGGAUUGUGGAUCCUGAGCUGAAGUCUCUCUCUGUGGGAAUGUUACUGUUAUCUGUAAGAGUUUUGGGUGGUAUUCCUGCUCCCUUUUACUUUGGUGCUCUUAUUGACUAUACCUGUCUGAAAUGGGGCCAGAAUAAAUCUUGUGGAAGAGGUGCCUGCAGAGUUUAUGACAUUGAGACAUUCAGGUUCCUCUUUCAGGGACUGACCAACUGUCUUCGAGUAUUAGCCUGUUCCCUGCUCUGGAUAGCCACAAUAGGGAUAAAGAGGAAAAUGCAGAAUGAUAAACACAAAGACACGGAACUGCAAAGGGGUCCAUCUGAUGAUCCAGAACAUGAGGACACUCUCAUCUACUGGACGACUGAACAGACCAUCGGCAAACCCAGCAUGACAAAGAAAGAUCCUACAUCACAGCAGAGCAGGAAGGCAGGCACACCUCAGAUUCAUUACCUCAUUCUCUGGACAAGCCGCUUCCUGGGGAUGAGUACCUCCAUCCAGACCUUCCCCACUGUGGGUGCAUCAGCAAUAGCUCAGGUGGUGCCACUUGUUCGGGCUCUGUCAAAGUGUCAUGCCAUAGCUCCCUCUGUCUUCCAUGAGGAGAUUACUAGUCCUUGGAUGGACCUUGCUGUCCUACAGGCCAGCGUGCCUCUAGAACAAGUGUCCAGGCAUGGAGUUGGCUCGACAGAGCAUGGGCUGGGGAGCCAUGUGUUGCGAGCAUGUAGCUGUGGGUCCUUGGAGAGGAACCCGGCUGCAUUGGCAUAUCAAUUGCCUAGAGCUGUUGGCAGUGUAUCUCCCUCUCCGCCAUUUUUUACUGGUGAAAGAGAGGAAACACGUGCUGGUUAG